UCAUUAGCCUAAUGGUCCAUGAAUCUCCUCCUGUGGGAUGUUAACUCAGCACCAACUCUCCAGGAACGUAAAAAUCAAUUCACUCUCCACAUUUAUUACGCCGCUGCUUAUCAGUAGUCACCUGUGUAUGUGGGUUUCAUUAAUGCUUUAAUGUGCCGGAACUAAAUUGUUUUUCUAGCUCAGUUUCCUGCUCUGACAUAUAUAUAUAUUCCCUCUGAGGAAACUGUAUAAGAGCCCAUUUUCUGAAGGCAACCUAUAAGGUAAGCAGCUUAAAGUAUUUCUUAUUUCCUGUUUUAAAGAUAUCUCCAUUUAAAGGUGAGGAAAUGUACUUUAAAAUGUAUCUAUUAGUUCACACAUCUGAUUUAAGCUACAUUAUAUAUCUUUACUUCUGCUAUUCCCAUCUGCUUUUAUUAAGUCAGGAAAGUAAGGAAAUUAUUCUUGAUCAGCUCUCAUUUAAUUAAACAUGUCUGUCUUUUAUAGGUCAUCAUGCUGUUUGAACUUUUGGUCGUCUGGCUGCUCGGAGCGCUGCUCUCAGAGGCAAACACUCAACCUGAACAGAUGGGUGUCAGUGAAGAUGAGCAGCAUGUGAGCAGAAGAUACAUUGAGUCGACCAUCGCGAGCGAAAUCAGCAAAAUCAUGGAGUCAAUGAUGCAGAGAAACUUUGUAGAGUUCUUGCUCAACCAAAGGGAGAAAAAAAGCAUGCCUGCUGCCACUGCAGAGGAAGAUCAGGAGCUGUACAACAACCUGCUGAAGCUCAGUGUGCACGAGAAGCAGAAGAGAAAGAUAUAGGCUUCACCAAGGUGCAGAGAUGCUGUAGAAAAUCACCAGACAGCUUCUUGAGGCCUCCUUUUGAUUUUUUUUAAAACUUGGAUGAUGUGUGUAAUCCCUAUUUUAUACAGUCUAUGCUGUAAUCUUGUGUGUAGCGAAUAUUUAAUUUACCUAAUAAACAAAUCAUCACACA